AUGAAAGAAAACACGAUUUAUUGCGAGAAUGAGGUGAAAGUUUGCCGGACAAGAGAAGAAUUUCUGGGCAAGUGUUCCAAGUAAGAAUUUUUUCGUCGAGCUUCAAAAACCUCUGCUGUUCAGGAGGAACCCCUACCUCCUUGCGAUGACGUUUCUUCUGAGCUUAAACUGGGGCUUAUCCGGCGCAUUUCUUGUUAUUCCAGCCUUUAUAUCUCCCACAGAGGACCUUGCCAGGAAUGGAACGUCCAUAGAACGAGUUCAGGAUGAGGUGAAACGUUGGAUUUGAGUUUGAAAAUAAUCCGGCAUUUUUAGUUUUCUACAACAACAUGGAGACGACCGGAACUUGUUGCUACUGUUUUCUCAGCAGGAAAUUUAGUUUUGGGACCGGUUUUUUCCGGUCUUGCUGACAGGUGAAGAGUUUUUCUUGCUUUUGAAUUGUUAGGGUCACAGAGAGAAACAGUUUCUGUGAGCUGAAAAGUUUUUCUGAAAUUUGAUGAAUUCUUUUUUUUUAACGUUUGACUGAAGUUUCCGAAGCAAGAAGUUUUUUGAGCUUUUGGUCCUUCUUUUUUUUCGAGAAUAUGCACUUUUUGAACAAAUUUCGCAAACUUCACUGCAUUGUUUUCAGCAGCUAGACUUUUAAAUUUUUUUUCAAAGUUACCAAUUUUUUGCUGUGGAACACUUCUACUUCAGAUUUGUGUGUCCCAGAAUAUUUUCUUGAAACUUUGAAUCUUCAGAGUCGGCAGAAAAUCGAUAAUCGUAUGGAGCAUUAUGGCAACUGGAGUUUUUGGCAUUUGUUGCGCUCUUAGCCCAACUUUCGAAGCAUUAUUGAUUUUCCGUUUUCUUCAAGGCAUUUUUUAUAAUGUCCGUUUUUUUUCGAGACUUUCCUUACUUCUUGGUUUCAGUCGACAACUCUCACCAAUUGGGUCCAUGUCACCGAAUCGACACCAAAGUCAAGCCACGCCUCAUCCUCAGUGAUUUUUGGACUUUCUUGGAUUUUCGGCUGCGCGAUUGUGAGCUCAAAAUUUUUUUUAAUCACGAAAAGUUAUUUACAGUGCUCCCCUAUAGCUUAUUACAUUCAUUCUUGGAGAGAUAUUCUUUUUGUCCUUUCUCUACCCAACAUUUUUUUGGCUCUCUUCUUGUUAUGGUUAGUCCCCUUUCUUAAAAAUAACAAGCUAAUUAAUGAGUUCAGGUGGCUUCAAGAAAGCUUUGAGUACAUGCUUUUGAACAAUCGAUACAAAGAGGCAGAGAUUUUCAUAGGAAGGACUUUGAAAUGGAACAAGAAACCCGUAAACUAUAAACUGAACGAAAUGAUUCACAAAUCCAUCCUCACGAAGACCGCCGCCGACAAACCAAGUUUAAGACGGCUUAUAAGGCUCCUGGGCUCAAAACCGAAGCUGUUCACAUUGUUGGCAAUCAGCUGUUAUAUGUGGUGAGCAUGAAAGAAUCGAAAAAAAAACAGGUUGAGAAAAAUUGAUUUCUAAUGAUACAAAGUUUUCAUUGGUUUUCUGAAUUCUCCAGUUUAUUCUGGAAACCGAAAAUUGACAACCUUCUUUGUGAAAUUGGUUUCAAAUGCUGAAAAAUUUUGAAACUUGAAUCUGAGAAACUUUCGCGAAUAAGCUUCUAUUUGAAAGAAAAACGGAAAAGUUCCAAUUUCGAAAAUAACCAAAUAUUUUCAGUUUUUCCUCGACUUUUCUUCACAACGCAAUGGCGCUCACCAGUACAGUUCUUGAAGUGGGCGACCUCUACUGGAACUUUGUCUUCGCCGCGUUUGUCGAACUUCCAUCAUAUCUUGUUGUUCCUCCGUUAUUCAAAUUGUGAGUGUAAUUUUUACAACAACAGCUUGAGCUUUCCUAGUGACCAAAAUGAUUCAACAAAGCGAUUAGAACCCUUGAAAAUUUUGCCAAAUCAUUCUUUGAUUUAUAAGAAGAAGUAUUGAUCCUAUGUUUUCCCGCAUUGAUCCUAUGUUUUCAUGAUGAUAACUUUAGAUAAUUAAAGAAAAAUUGUAAUCGGUUCUCAAAAAAUUUUAUUGAGCACCGUAAAAAAAUAUUGUUUUUUUGUGAGAGAUAUAUUAUCAAAACGCUUUCAGAUUCGGUCAAACGUGGACUCUUUUCGUCUUGAACAUUUUGACUGUGUUGGCCAACGUUGGUGUCAUUUUUGCUCAAUCAGGUUCUAUUAUCCUCUUUUGCAAAUAAAUAAUCUUCAAAUUGAAGAAAGCUCGAUAUAUUAUCUCCCUUGCUGGCUAUUGGCCAAAUUCGCCUGUUCUUCGGCUUUUAUGUGCUUUCUGAUAUUCGCAGCUCAACUUUUUCCUUGCGAGUUUCGAGGAAUUUGCAUCGCCAUUUGCACAACAGUGGGGGCUUUGGGCGCAGUUGCCGCGCCGAUGGCCGCUGCAUUGGUUAGUUAA